ACAGAGUGAAUUAGACUGAAAUUGAUUUCUCUUGAAGGUAAAGCCAGAUAUAAAGGGAGGUUAUUCACGGUAGAGGGCACAACCGUGACGGGGUAUAUAUAGGGAUUGUAAAGUCCGGGUAGUUUAAUCUCUCCUGUGGUGUCGCCGUUAUAGUGCGGUCUGUUUAUAUCGUUAUUAACUUUGCCUCGUGUUCUAUCGCCAUUUUGUUAUGGAGCUAUCUGAAAAUAUAAACAAGAAACUUGAUAAUAUUCUACAACAGUUAUCUACAUGUCGAGAAGAAGUUGACAGGUCUGUUGAAGACAAGCUUGUUAAUUUACAAGAUAACGUGGCUCGAACAGCGGCAGAAAUUAAAUUAACUCAAAACUGAAAAAGAUUUCGUAUGUAAACGGGAAGGGCACCGGCUCCAGUAUAAUUUCAAUUCAGAGACCCUUGAAAAUCUGAAACAAAUGAAAUUUGCUAUUUCUUACUUAAAAUUGGACUAUUUGCAAGAUUUACUUUGCGCGGAGGUUUCGUGCAUUGAGCGUAGGAAUAAGCUGAUUAAGCUUGCCGACUCAUCAGAUGGAGGCUGGGAGACUGUUCGCCAAUAUGACUGUAAUGAUCUUGAUGAUGAUUCUGGCGAUGAUCGGCGUAUUUCCAGAGCUAUCAAGAAAAUUGACAAAAAGAAAUCAAAAUCGUCAAGAUAUACCCCAUUUAAGUUGUCUAGACCGACAGCGACUGUCACGCAGGCUACAGUUGGGGGCGGGGCUUAUCCAGCGGGACCAUCUCAAGGACGUCCUUUUCGCCCGAGACUUAGAAACGGCACGUGUUUUGCGUGCGGAGAACUCAGCUACUGGAGACGAGACUGCCCGUAUGUCAACUCAACAGUCACGCCGACACGUCGACCGGGAAGCAAGACCACAGUCUCAGAGUAAACAAGGUGUUGGCGGUCUUGCUGCAAGACAAAUGUCGUCACAGUGACUGGCGUGGGUUCUGAGAUCAUGUGGAUCAAGGCUAGUGACGCUACUGGUGUUUGCAUUGAAAUGUCCUUCUUUUUUAACAGUAAAUGCCUCGGCAUCUGCCACAGGGGAAGCCACAUUGUGUGUUUGUUGUUUAUAUCUGGCUUGA